CGUAAGCGCUUACGGUCCAUGCCCAAAGGUGCUGCAGCCUGGCUUCGGCGCCGGUUCUUCUGCCUUUGCCAUCUCUCUGCCCCGGGCACGGGUGUCGUCCCCGGAGAGGCGGAGCUUGAAGAUAGACACCCAGAGACAGAGAUUUAAAUUUCAUUUCCACCUGGAAGGAGGGGAGCAGCAGCAGCAGCAGCAGCAGCAGCUCCGGCCGAGAAGCCAAAGCCUCGCUUGUGCUGAGCUGACCUAAGCUAAGCCUGCCGGUUUCUUCUUCUUCCUUUUUUUGCUGCUGCUGCUGCUGCUGCCGGCCGCUGCUACGACUGCUGCAAAGUCGCCCGCUCGCCUGCCUGCCUGCCUGCCUGCCUGCCUGCCAGCUGGCCAGCCAUGGGUCACUCCGGAGAGCCGGGCCUCAUAGCCAACGUAGUGAACGACACCUUGGAGUUCUACCGCUGGACCUGGAGCAUCCGAGAUAAACGUGUUGAAAACUGGCCUAUGAUGCAAACACCUUUUCCAACCUUGAUAAUAAGCACAUUAUACCUCCUCGCUGUUUGGCUUGGGCCUAAAUGGAUGAAGACAAGAGAGCCUUUCCAGUUUCGCUUUUUGUUGAUUUUUUACAACUUUGGAAUGGUCCUACUUAACUUCUAUAUUUUCAAAGAGCUGUUUAUGUCAUCAAGAGCUCGAGGAUACAGCUAUAUCUGCCAGUCUGUGGAUUACUCAGAUAAUGAAUAUGAAGUUAGGAUAGCAGGAGCUUUAUGGUGGUACUACAUAUCAAAAGGGAUUGAGUAUCUGGACACAAUAUUCUUCAUCCUAAGAAAGAAAUUUAAUCAAAUUAGUUUUCUUCAUGUCUAUCACCAUUUCACUAUGUUUACUUUAUGGUGGGUUGGCAUCAAAUGGGUUGCAGGAGGACAAGCAUUUUUUGGAGCUCAUAUAAAUGCUUUCAUUCAUGUUGUCAUGUACAUGUACUAUGGACUAGCUGCCUGUGGCCCAAAGUUCCAAAAGUACCUUUGGUGGAAACGAUACUUGACCAUAAUGCAAUUACUUCAGUUCCACGUGACUAUUGGCCACACCGCCCUGUCUAUUUAUAUUGAUUGUCCCUUUCCUAAAUGGAUGCACUGGGGUGUCAUUUUCUAUGCCAGCACUUUUAUUGUUCUGUUUGGUAACUUCUACUAUCGGACAUACAAGAUGCCUAAGCAGACCAAGGAGCUCAAGCAAAAAGAAAAGAAUGGCAAGAUCACCAACGGCGUAAUAGCAAAUGGUACAAGCAAGCCAGAAAACGGUGCAAUUAUGGAAAAUGGAAAAGUGCAGAAGAAAACUAAAGGAGAGUAACUUGAUUCAAGCCUUAAACAUUGCGAGCAGUGAGGAUUCUUCAAUCUGAUAAUAAAAGAAAAGGAAAUACUGUCCUGUCUUUACCAAUUGACCUUUAGGUUGUUGAAGAGAUAGAAAACAUUAUUUAUGAAGAUUGUUUUAACAACAAAAAUCCUAUUGUAAUUAUGUAAUUAUUGAGAUUCGUUAACUUUAUGUAAACUUUUAGACUGCGGGUGUUGGUACUGUAAGAAAGAAUUGCUGAAAUAUUCUUUACUGUCAAUCCAGUGGUUAAAAUUGCAAUUAACCAUGGAUACAAUUGAUUUAUUGAAACAGACAUCUUUUCGAAAAAGAGAGCUUACGAAUUCUACCAUUUCUAAUCAAUGUUUUAAGCAAAAGAAAAAAGAAAAAAAAAAGCCCUCAAUGAAAAUAUGGAGAGGGAAGUUUGCUCUCUUUUUUAAUAAUUUGUAGUUUCUUCAUCUAAAUUAUACAGUAUUGCUGUAUUAGGUUGUUCUAAUUUUCCCCUUAUGUCUGUUACAUUGUUGUUCAUUGUGUGAAAAUACACCUACCUCUUUAUUUGGUAAAAAAAUAACAACUACUAUUAAAUAUUCAUUUCUGAAAUAA